AUGUCUUCCACUGAGACAGCACAGAAGCCCUUGCCUUUCCACUUUCAAUUCUUGGCUGGUGCCAUUGCUGGCAUUUCCGAGAUUUUGACCAUGUACCCGUUGGACGUUGUCAAGACUCGUGCCCAGCUUAGCACUUCAGGAAACACGGGCAUUCUUCAGAGCUUGAAAGAUAUUGUGAAAAAGGAAGGUCCCGCGACUCUGUACCGCGGUAUUGCUGCCCCUAUUCUUGUGGAAGCACCCAAACGUGCCACCAAAUUUGCCGCCAAUGAACAAUACACCGCUUUGUACAAGAAACUCUUCGGUAUGGAGAAGGUUACCCAACCCCUUGCCAUCGCUACUGGUGUCAGUGCCGGUGUAACCGAAGCUGUUCUUAUCGUUCCCUUUGAAUUGGUCAAGAUUCGUAUGCAGGAUAAAGCCAACGCUGCCAAAUACAGCGGUACUGCUGAUGCACUUCGCAAGAUUUUGAAGCAGGAAGGUCCUUUGGCACUGUACAAUGGUUUGGAAGCAACAAUUUGGCGUCAUGCAGCAUGGAAUGGUGGUUAUUUUGGUGUCAUCUUUGGUGUUAAGGAGUGGUUGCCCAAGGCAAAGAACAAGAAUGAGCAACUCGUCAAUAACUUCAUUGCUGGUACUAUCGGCGGUACCUUUGGCACUAUGCUGAAUACCCCUAUGGAUGUUGUCAAAACCAGAAUCCAGGGCUAUACUGGCCAAGGUCCCAAAAAGUACAACUGGACAUUGCCAUCAAUCGCUCUUGUCGCAAAGGAAGAAGGAUUUGGUGCAUUGUACCGUGGCUUUACAGCUAAAGUACUUCGUCUUGGUCCUGGUGGUGGUAUCCUUCUGGUUGUCUUUGAGACAGUAUCGGGUUUCAUGCGCAAGCACUUUAUGUAG